CUGGUGCUGGUUGUACAAGAUGUCAUUUUCCCUGCUGCUUUUGUUGUAUCAGCAUAAAAAUAAAUAAAUAUAUGUAUCCAACCAUCAUAUUGGUUGCAGUGAAUACAAACUAAAAGGUUGAAGAAACCCCUCCCACGACUGCAUUAAACCCGCCUUUCCUGCACGGAGCACGAGGAGCGCCUGUCCAGAGUGUUUGACGAAGUAAUGGGGCUUGGAGACUUUGCUGACUCCUCCAGAGGCUCGGCCACCUCCUCUAGGAGUGGUCCAGAGGAGACGAAGGGUGGAGAUGAAACUUCAGGACAAGAGGAGCUCCGGCCAGUGGAAGAACAGGACAGCAACGGCAGCAGACAAGAAGAAAAGAUAGAUGAAGGGGCAGGGGAGUCGUCAUUUCCUCGCAUUUCCUCCCCUUCCUCAGAACCUCAAUCUUCGUUUACUAUGAAAGCCAGUGAAGGAGGAGGAGGAGGUGGAGGAAGUGGCGGGGCAGCGAAUGAUAAUGCAAUGGAUGCAGUUCCUUCUUAUGGGACAGAAGAAGAAGAAGAAGAUUGGCACUUUGCCCUCCCUGUGGGCUCUAUGGAGGAUGGUGACGUUGGCAAGACAAAGAGAAAACGCAGCCAGCCAUGUGAGGGCAACAGUGAAACUCAAAGCAACCCUUUUCCUAGUGAGGCCAGAGAGGAAGAGGAGGAGGAGGAGGAACGAGAGAGGGAAGAAAGCAGUGCCAACACCUCUCACUCAUCCCAGGACCAAACACCUGAGAAUAGCCAAGAUGGAGGUGCUCUGAAUCAGAGAGAAGAGACAGAAGACAGCCAACAGGGAGAGGAGCAGCCUGAGCCCGUUCAAACAGAGAGUGAUCCCCCUAUGUCUCCUAAUGUCAACAUUAAAGAAGAGCCCAUUGAUGAGGGGUACGAUGCUGCUUUACUGCCUCAGAGCUCCAUCAGACAAAUCAAAGAGGAGCUGGAUCAGGAGGAAGAGCUGCGGAUCAGCUCUGUGUACUCUGUAGGUGGAGGGAACACAUUUGCAACUCCCCCAGCGCCAGUACCUGUCCCACCACCGCCCCCAGCGGCCAUUUUCAUCCCAGGUCGAGGUGCUGUACUACAAGCUAUGGCUCCCCUCCCAAUUAGACCACCUGUUCCAGUCCCAAGUUCAAUACCAGCUCUGGCACCGAUACCCCCGCGCCCACCUCAGCCUCCCAUUCCUGGUAGUGUGCGCUGCAGUGGUUGCUCCAAGGUCCUGCUGAAAGGUCAAACAGCAUUCCAAAGGAAAGGGUCAACGCAGCUCUUCUGCUCCACCGUCUGCUUGACUGGACACUUGCCUCCAGCCAAUAAGACGCGAUCCUGUUUCCAGUGCAACAAGGAGAUUGUUCAGCCGAAGGACAUGAUCACGAUUCCAACAGAAACGGGAACCUUCAUGAACUUUUGUGGCCAGUUCUGUCUGUCAGUGUACAGACAUAAGAAGAAAACCGGAGAGAACAUUCCUGAAAAGUGGGUCGAAAAACGGUCUGAGAGGAAAGUGGAGAGGCCUCCCGAAAAACCAGUCGAGCGGCAGAUUGAAAAACCUUUCUGCAGUGUCUGCAGAAUUACCAGCAGGAUUGAACAUGAGGUCAGCCAUCAAGGCCGUCUGCACAGGCUCUGUAGUGACGCUUGUUUUGUAACAUGGCGCAAGAUGAGACAGUUAGCAAUGAACUGCUGCGAAGGCUGUGGACUCUACUGCAAUAGUAGCUCAGGCUCCUGUCAGACGCUGACAAUUGAAAGAUCUGAGCUGAACUUCUGUGGCCCCACCUGUAUCAGCACGUACAAACAGUCCUGCAGGAAAACAGCGGAGUGCGCCUUCUGUCACAAAGUGGCUGUAGUGUCCUCCACUAUCCUGGAACGAGACCAGAAGGGAAAAAUUCAGCUUUACUGUUCACCUGUUUGUGUGGAGCAGAGCCGACCGCCCCGACACACACUCAGCGACACUCCUUUCCCUUGCAGCUUGUGCAAGACAACAGCUGUUCCUCAAUAUCACCUGGCAAUGGUGGAUGGCACCAUCCGGAAUUUCUGCUCUUUCGACUGUGUUUCUAUUUAUAGGAAGUCUGGUCAUGCCUCGCAGCCAGACCUGACAAAUGGCACUUCCUCUCAAAGAGACCCCUCUGUUAGAGAUGCCUCCAGACCGGGACCCUCUGCUGGAGGCAGCUCAGUCCCUCAGGACUACACGUCUUCUGUCCCUUACCGUGGCCAUCAUCCCAGUCAUACCUCAGUGCCGCCGCUGGCUCCUCCUUACUCAGCCAUAUCCUCGCCCUCUGCACCAGGGCAGGGUCAGGCCAGAACACCCACCAGUCAGCACCCGUAUCCAGUCGACCUAAGGUCCGGUGAUGCCUCCAAAGUGACCUGCCAUCAGUGCUGCAGACAGUUCAGCAGCAAGCCACAGCUGUUGAGUCACCAGGGUCGUAUCUCUAUGUUCUGCAGCAAUACAUGUGGUGAGCACUACAAAACUCAGAAGAAUAUCCUGGCAACAUGUGAGUCCUGCAAACAGGAGAAAGUGCUCUUUGAGAUCAUCAGCUACAAUCAGCGAGACCUGUCCUUCUGCAGUGAGAACUGUAAACAACUCUUCAAACACGAUGCAACCUCUCAGAGUAAGGAGUGCACGUGGCGUCCGUGCAGCUACUGCUCCAGCAUCUGCACCAAGAUGCUGCACAGCCACUAUGGAGGCAAGAUGGAGGAGUUCUGUAAACCCCACUGCAUGUCCCAGUAUACAGUUCUCUACUAUGGGAUGGGUCGUUGUGACAGUUGCAGGAAACAGGGCUACAUGACUGAAAAGUUGCAGUGUUUGGGCUCCGUCCGUAACUUCUGCAACCUGCCCUGCCUCCUGCAGUACUGCUACAUGCAUUUCGAGGCGAGCCAACACUCCACCAGCAACGGCACUUGUUCGGAACCGCCAACACCGUAUGCUCCUUCCCAGCCCCACCAACCCUCAAAGAUGAAUCCCAUCAUAGCUGAUGUAGUCUCGUUGGCUAAUGGCUCGGCCACUCAGCCCAAUGUCUCAGCACAUACUGCUCUGACUGGAGCACUUCCAACAUCCAAUGCAGACGGCAAGAACCUCGACCAUGCCAGCACCCAAACCGAUGCCAUGCGUGUGCCUGCAUCGCGCCGACGUCAAAUGAAGAACAAGUCAGUCCUAUGUCGGCCCUUCAACAUGGACCAAGAAAUCAUGUGCCAGCUGCCUGUACCUUCCACGGACUCAGCAGGUCUGUCUCUGCCCUCGCUUCCUGGUUCCACACAGGAGGAGAAUGUAAAGCUCUUAAUGGUACCAGUCCCGGUUCCAGUCUUCAUUCCAGUGCCUAUGAACAUGUACACCCAGCACACACCCACCCCCAUGCCGAUGCCCAUUCCUCUUCCAGUUCCUGUCGUCAUUCCACCACAGAAGAAGGAAGUGAAAGAUGCUGCUGUCCAGUCAGAUAUAUUACCUCCACAGGAGGAAAAACUAACAGACCAGCCUGUCUCCAGUACAGACCAAAGCACAGUGGACUCACAGACAGUCAGUAACUUAGUCAACAAAACUGAUGAGACUGAGUCACCUGAGCUUAACACCCAGCCAGAGAAAAACACCACGACAAGUGAUGAUCCUUCAUCUAGUGCUGAACUUCAACCUCCGUCCUCUCCAAUGAUGGACUUGGAGAGUGAUUUUCCAUCUGAAUCGUUGGAUCAGACGCCAUCUGCUCCACAGCAAGGAGUGAAGAGACCCCGAGAGAGCUACCCCCUCAGGAAAAAGGGUCGAAGGCGAACCGGUUCAGUGGGGCGCAGUGCAGCAGUGACCCCGCCCACCUCCAAACUGAAUCAUCUGUACGGGGUCAAAGCCUGGAGAAACUGGGUGCAACAGCUCAACAAACAGCCACCAGAAGCAAAUCCACUGGACGUUAAAGAGGACAUCCUUCAGUGUGACUCUGCUGAGCUCAGUUUUGCUUUGUGUCGCUUCAUCACAGAAGUGCGACGGCCCAGCGGUGAGACCUACAGCCCAGACAGUAUCUUCUACCUCUGCUUGGGGAUACAGCAGUAUCUGUUCAUGAAAGGCCGGAUUGAGAACAUCUUCACUGACCAGCUCUACAGUCACUUCGCCUCUGAGAUCACUGGGAUGCUGCAGCUCUGGAAACCUAAACCACUGCCCAGUGGUUCCCUCAUUUCUUCUCGUGUGGAGGAGUCCUACCUGUGGGAGUGUAAGCAGUUGGGAGCCUACUCACCCAUAGUGCUGCUGAACACACUGCUCUUCUUCUGCACCAAGAACUUUCACUUCACCACUUUGCAGCAGCACCAGACCCUGUCAUUUUCCAACUUCACUCUGUCCUCCAAACCCUGUAGCCGAGCUGGAAAAGUCCACUACCUCCACUUCCAGAGAAGCAGCACGGCCAACCUCGAGGACACAGAGCGAUCGAGGAAAAGGCAAAGAGAGGAAGAGGAAGUCCUGGAGAUGCUUGAAAAUAACAUCAACCCUCUGCACUGUCCGGUCAGACUGUAUGAGUUCUACCUCUCCAGAUGUCCAGAGACGGUGAAGAAGAGAACAGAUAUGUUUUACCUCCAGCCUGAACAGAAUGUCAACACACAGAGUCCUUACUGGUAUACGCCUGAACCAUUAGAGAGAACCACUUUGCAGAACAUGCUCACUCGCAUCCUGGCAGUCAGAGAGGCUCAUCAAAAACAGGAAACAGGGCAAAAAACAUCCUCAGCCUAAAGGAACUAGGACGUCUGUGGCUUAGCGAUCCAGAUCUGCACUUCUCCACAACAUGGAGCUCCUCUGGGCAAUCUCCUCAACAGAAAACUUCUGCGCUACUAAAGAGUUCACAGUGAAUUAAAGACUGUGACUAAACAUACUGGUGAUGUGAGACUGUGGCUGUGACAGUAGGAGCUGAUGUAACAGAGACAGGGUGAAACAAAACUGUCUCAAAGAGAUCAGUUUAAAAAAACGUGGGAUGAUUGUGUUUAGUUACCUCAGAUGCCAAUGACCGAUCAGACUCACAAUGAGUUUACAAACAUGCGAUACUGUCAUUUAUGGAAAAGGGAGGCUUGUUUUGCUUGUGGGCGUCACACCCAUGUUCAUUCUUCACAUGUGGGGGGGUUUAUUCACUACCAUGACUGUCGGGUGAACUCUUCAUUCUGACUCAAAGAAUCCAACAGUCAGUUCCGAUGUAAAUUAGCUGACGUUGAUUCGCCACUGUCAGAUCUGUGGACCAGUACAGACGUUCUGUGGUUUUCACAUCAGCACUUUUACAUUAAACUGUGACUAGUAUUGACAUGUCAAGGCCAAUACUGGUACUACUUUCAGACUGCACCUACAAGACAUCCUUCAUUUACAUUUUUUUUUUUUCACCUCCAUGAAUUUAUUUGACUGUAUUUAACAUCUGUUCCCCCGUCUGUGACACUCAACAUCGAACCCUUUGCAGUUUUUAAGAAUUACAAUCUACAGUCACAUGUAUUAGACUGUAGACUGUACCACCAAUGGCCUCAUAGUGACUGUCCUCUUUUUUUGUUUCAUUUUUAUUAAGUUACUGUAGCUGAUUUUGUGUCUUUCAUAUGUAUUUUUGUUGUUUUCUUUUAUCAUUGUGAUAUGUCUGGCCUUAAUUCUUAAAAAAAAAACAUGUUCUCAUCCUUUUUCGUUCUGUAUGACUUAAGGUUUACUCUUAAUCCCUCCAGUGUUCCAUCCAGACGGAAGGUCAAAGACACAGUGUACAAAACAUAUAUGCUGCUGUACAAUAACAUUAACACUGAGCCCCAUUUUCCAGAUGGACACAUUAUAAACAUUGUUCCUCAGUAAAGCACCUCUAGCACCGUACUUUCUUUGAGAUUUUCCUGUAUUAUAAUUCUCAAUAUGGCUUACACUGGCCAUACACCCUUGCAAAAAAAAAAUAGUUUUAUAAUAUUGUGCCUAAGAUGUAUAUGACAGUGUAAGCU